AACGAUGGGCGCCGCAUCGAGGUUGCUGCGCGCCGCUGGGCCAUCGUCGAGACCGAUGCCAUGUGCAAGCCUUGCUCGGCAGCAGUGCCUCCAAAGGCGAGGUCUAGCUUCACACACGUCCAUGCCCGCUGGUGCGACGCCGCAAUCGUUCAUCGAAAAGAUUGUCCAGCGGUACGCCGUGGACCUUCGUCAGGGGCAAAAGGUUCGCGCAGGCGACUAUGUCAGUAUCCGUCCGGGGACCGUUAUGACGCAUGACAACACGGGCCCAUGCAUUUCCAAAUUCCGAUCCAUCGGAGCGACCAAGAUCAAGGAUCCCUCGCAGGUCGUCUUUGCGCUCGACCACGACGUUCAGAACAAGACGGCCAAGAAUCUGGAAAAGUACAGCAAGAUUGAGACAUUUGCCCGCCAGCAGGGCAUCGACUUCUACCCCGCGGGACGAGGUAUUGGGCAUCAGGUCAUGGUGGAGGAAGGCUAUGCCUUUCCUCAGACGCUUGCCGUCGCCUCGGAUAGCCAUUCGAACAUGUAUGGAGGCGUGGGCUGUGUGGGGACACCCGUCGUCAGGACCGAUGCUGCAGCAAUCUGGGCCACGGGCCAGACGUGGUGGCAGAUCCCAGAGGUUGUCAAGGUCGAGCUGAGCGGUCAGCUCCCUCCUGGCGUCACGGGAAAGGAUGUCAUUGUGGCCCUCUGUGGCUACUUCAACGAGGACCAGGUUCUGAACGCGGCCAUCGAAUUCACCGGAAGCGGCCUGUCGGCUUUGACAAUCGACGAGCGCUUGGCAAUCAGCAACAUGACGACAGAGUGGGGCGCCCUGGCUGGCGUCUUUCCCGUUGAUGAUGUGACGCUCUCGUGGUACGAAGGCGUCAUUAGGAAGAUGGACAAGCUCAAUUUCCAGAUGGGCUCUUCGCCCUCUCUCUCUGCCGCGCACCCUCGACUCAACAUGGAACGCCUUGACAACCUCUCGCGGAACCUGGUCAAGCCUGAUCAAGACGCUUUCUACUCCAAGCACCUCCGUCUGGAUCUGAGUACGCUCUCGCCACACGUCAGCGGACCCAACAGCGUCAAGGUCAGCACACCCUUGACCACGCUUGCCUCGCAGAACAUCGACAUCCAAAAGGCCUACCUCGUCUCGUGUGUCAAUUCUCGCGCUUCGGACCUCAAGGCAGCGGCCGAUGUGAUUCGUGGCAAAAAGGUUGCUUCCGGUGUCGAGUUCUAUGUUGCAGCAGCGAGCAGCGUUGUGCAGCGCCAGAGUGAGGAAUCGGGCGAUUGGGGCGCGCUCAUGGCUGCCGGUGCAAAGCCUUUGCCGGCUGGUUGCGGGCCCUGCAUCGGCCUGGGCGUCGGUCUGCUGGAGGACGGCGAGGUGGGCAUCUCGGCGACGAACCGAAAUUACAAGGGACGGAUGGGAAGCCCAAAGGCCCAGGCCUACCUCGCUUCGCCUGCCGUCGUGGCCGCCAGCGCCGUCGAGGGCAAGAUCUGCGGACCGGCCGACCUGGACCCUGCGCUACUGCCGGGUCCUGAUGCCUUGCAAUUCUCGAUCCAGACGGCCGCUUCCGAAAUCUCGGCAGAGAGCCCUGCACCUUCCGAGGCACAAGACACGCCUCUCCUGCCUGGAUUCCCUGCCCUCUUCAAGGGGCCCCUUAUCUUUGCGCCGCAAGACAACCUCAACACCGACGGCAUCUACCCGGGCAAGUACACAUACCAAGACGACAUCACGCCCGAACGACAAGCGCAGGUCGUCAUGGAGAACUACGACCCGCAGUUUGCCGCGACCGUCGCCUCGCUGCGUUCGUCUGGCCAGUCAGAGGCAGAGGCAGAGACAAAGAGCGGAGUCAUUCUUGUUGGUGGCUACAACUUCGGGACGGGCUCGAGCCGAGAGCAGGCGGCCACGGCACUCAAGCAUGCAGGGGUGCCCAUGGUCCUGGCCGGCUCAUUUGGUGACAUUUUCAAGCGGAACGCCAUCAACAAUGGACUAGUCUGCCUCGAGUGCCCGCAGCUCGUCGAGGAUCUGACGCGAGAAUUUGCAAAGGAAGGGCAGCGAGGAUUUGGGGGCAAAAACGAGGGCGAGAUCAGCGUGCUGCUCAAGGACGCCGAGGUCAGCGUCUCGAGCAAGGACGGCAAACUAGUGCUGAGGCGAGCGGGCGAGGAUAAGGUCUACGUGACGAGACCGGCGGGCGUCGGGACAGCCGUCCAGGAGAUCUGGACAGAGGGUGGGCUAGAGCAAUGGGUCAAGGCUCGGAUUGGGGCAUAGCUAGCUCGGAAAAAAAAUGAUAUCAUUAGAUUGCACCAAUGCCCACUGCUGCUUCUCGACCGACAUUUGUUAGAGGAUUGUUGAGUUGGCUUUCGUCGUGCUUGAUGGUUGUCUCCUCGACGGCUUCUGCUGCUCCCCGGGACCGAGUCCAAAGAUGCUGACUUGCUGGCAGCAGGCAUCGGGAG